AAAAUGCCUGUGCAAAGUAUAAAGCAGAGUGCUGAAGUCACAAACCCAGGUUGUAAGAUAACCAACAUCUUCUGGAAUAACAGAUUCUGUGAAUGCAGGAAAGGAAAAUCUAAGGGUUGAUCACUUUCUGAAAGUUCAUGGUUUUUUAUUCUGUUGUAGAACAAUGUAGAAACUGAGGAUAUUUUGAAGCUAGUUUCCAGACUCUGAGUGUCAUAGCUUGGAAUAGAGGUGCUUUUGCCUUAUAAGCAGUAUAAUAUCAGGAAGGAAAACCUUUAAGAUAACCUUAUUGAAAGGAUCCACAAGGAAGGGGAUUGACAGAUGGCUUGCGCUCAGAGUCAGUUGACUUUUGAGGAUGUGGCUAUCAGUUUCUCCAAGGAGGAAUGGAAGAGCCUGCAUACUUCUCAGAGGGAGAUGUACAGAGAUGUCAUGUUGGAGAAUUAUAGCCAUCUGGUUUCUGUAGGUCUUUCUGAUUCAAAACCAGAACUAAUCACCUAUCUUGAACAAAAGAAAGAACCCUGGAUGGAGAAUAUACAGGAAGUAAAAGGUCUGGAACCAGCUCUCUAUUAUUAUCCAUUUCAGGAUUUGUUCCCAAAAGUGUCAACAGAGCAUACUUGUCCAAGAAAAAUAUUAGGAUAUUUAGGAAGAAACAAUGCUGAGAAAUUACAUAAAAGGAAGUUCUCUGCAUGCAGAUAUGUCAAUGAAGAGCCUCAAUCGUAUUUUGCUGGAAAUACAAGAAAAGAUUUCAAGUGCACAAAAUGUUGCAAUUCUUUUGCCCAUAGGUUUUCUUGUCAGGUUCAUCAGAAAACCCAAACUGGAGAAGAAAAGACUUUCAUGUGUGAAGCAUGUGUCAAGUCUUUUACUCAGAGUUCAUUACUUCAUGCUCAUCACAGGAUACUUAAUGGAGAGAAACCUUACAAAUGUUAUAUGUGUAGAAAGUUAUUUACUGCAAACUCAAAUCUUCAAAUUCAUCAAAGAACAAAAACUGGAGAGAAACCUUAUAAAUGUAGUAUGUGUGGCAAGUCCUUUAUUAAAGGCUCAAACCUUCAACAACAUCAAAGAAUACAUACUGGAGAGAAACCUUACAAAUGCUCAGAUUGUGACAAGUCCUUUAAACAGAGAUCAGCCCUUCAAGUUCAUCAAAGAAUACAUACUGGAGAGAAACCUUACAAAUGCUCAGAUUGUGACAAGUCCUUUAAACAGAGAUCAGCCCUUCAAGUUCAUCAAAGAAUACAUACUGGAGAGAAACCUUAUGAGUGUAAAGAAUGUGGAAAUUCCUUUAAAAAGAGAUCAGUACUUCAAGUUCAUCAAAGAAUACAUACUGGAGAGAGACCUUAUAGCUGUAAUGUAUGUGCCAAAUCCUUUACCACAGGAUCAUAUCUUCAUAUUCAUCAAAGAAUACACACUGGAGAGAAACCGUACAAAUGUAGUAUGUGUGGCAAGUCCUUUAAUGGAGGCUCAAAACUUCAAGUUCAUCAAAGAAUACAUACUGGAGAGAAACCUUACAAAUGCACAGAUUGUGACAAGUCCUUUAAACAGAGAUCAACAUUUAAAGUUCAUCAAAGAAUACAUACUGGAGAGAAACCUUACAAAUGCACAGAUUGUGAAAAAUCCUUUAAUCGGAGGUCAGCCCUUCAAGUUCAUCAAAGAAUACAUACUGGAGAGAAACCUUACAAAUGCUCAGAUUGUGACAAGUCCUUUAAACAGAGAUCAGCCCUUCAAGUUCAUCAAAGAAUACAUACUGGAGAGAAACCUUACAAAUGCUCAGAUUGUGACAAGUCCUUUAAACAGAGAUCAGCCCUUCAAGUUCAUCAAAGAAUGCAUACUGGAGAGAAACCUUAUGAGUGUAAAGAAUGUGGAAAUUUCUUUAAAAAGAGAUCAGCACUUCAAGUUCAUCAAAGAAUACAUACUGGAGAGAGACCUUAUAGCUGUAAUGUAUGUGCCAAAUCCUUUACCACAGGAUCAUAUCUUCAUAUUCAUCAAAGAAUACACACUGGAGAGAAACCGUACAAAUGUAGUAUGUGUGGCAAGUCCUUUAAUGAAGGCUCAAAACUUCAAGUUCAUCAAAGAAUACAUACUGGAGAGAAACCUUACAAAUGCACAGAUUGUGACAAGUCCUUUAAACAGAGAUCAACAUUUAAAGUUCAUCAAAGAAUACAUACUGGAGAGAAACCUUACAAAUGCACAGAUUGUGAAAAAUCCUUUAAUCGGAGGUCAGCCCUUCAAGUUCAUCAAAGAAUACAUACUGGAGAGAAACCUUAUAAAUGUAAAGAAUGUGGAAAGUCCUUUACUACAGGCUCAUAUCUUAAAAUUCAUCAAAGAAUACACGCUACAGAGAAACCUUGCAAUUGUAAGGUAUGUGGCAAGUCCUUUAUGAAAGUAUCAUCUCUUAAAGUUCAUCAAAGAAUACACAGUGUUGAGGCACCUUAAAAUGUUCAGAUUGUAGAAAAUUCUUUAACCAAAUCUCCACACUUCAAUUUCACCAAGAAUACACCCUGGACAGAAAGCUUACAAUUGCAUAGUAUGUGCUAAGUCCUUCACCACAUGGUAAAAUCUUCAAGUUCUGCAAAUAACACACACUGGAGAGAAACCUUACAAAUGUUCAGAUUGUGGAAAAAAUUUUAAACAGAGGUCAACAUUUCAAAUUCAUCAAAAUAUAUACUGGAGUAUAUCCUUGCAAGUGAAAUGCAUGUGACAAGUCUUUUACGAAGGGCUCAAUACUUAUGUUUCAUCUGAGAAUAUAUAAAACAGAAAUAGCAGAAAAUAUACAAAGUGUGGCCAGUUUUUGCCUAUGAUUCACAUCUUUAAAGACACUAAAUGACUGGAGAAGGCAUAAUAUUUAAUACUUAAUGUGUAUCUCAAAUGCUGUGUCCUUUUCUCAUGGAUCAUUUCUGCAAAAUCUCACUACAUCCAAACUUGAGAGACCACUUAUAAAUGUUAAUCACAUGAGAAAUCCUUUAUUGGGUCGUUAAAUCUUAACGAAUAUCACAGAAUCUAUUCUAGAUGAACACUGACAAUUUUAAUAAAAACGUAGGAACUUUUAUGGAGUGCUUAUAUAGUCAAACCCCACAAAUCAUUAGUAAUGGAAAGAAUCCAAACAAAUGUAGACUAUUACAAAAAAUUUUGAAGGGAUGGUCAAAACCUAGAGCAUUCUGAAAAUACAUGUAAGAGAACAACUCAAUAGGGAAUUACUGGCCCAAUACUCAUACAAAGAUAAGGUGAUUUAUAAUGUGUGUAGAAGAAGGAAACUUUUAGCAUAUGCUGAAAAUUUAUUCACAGUUAGAUGAUGGGCAUUACUAAUCCUUAUGAUCAUUGUUGUUUUAAAAGCAUUCUACCAAGUAAUUAAAUGGUUAUUCAUAAAAAUAUUGUUGGAAAAUCAUCUAUAUAUGCAGUGAUAUAUAUCUCAGUACUACACUGAAAUCAAAUAUUAAAAUGAUAUGCGGUGAAUUUAAUAAUAGUUGCAGGCAAAAAUAUUUGAAAAUGUGAAUACUUAUCCUAGGGUAAUUUUACUAAUAACCAUCCAAUUCAACAUCACUGUGAAAUUUUCUGUAUCUUUUAUGUGAGAGUAUAUUGAACUCUUAUUUAUAAUAGAUUUGUAUAACUAUCAUUGUGUUGCUAGUACUUGAAAUUUUACAGAAUGUCAUAUAGAUUGUUGUUAACCUUUUGUGUAUUACUAUUUUCUCAAUUAUCAAUAAAUAUAAUAUAAGUUGUUUUCAA